ACAGUACAUCCAUGGUCAAGCUGACGGACAUGCAGUUUGCAGCGUUUCUCGACAGUUCCGACUGCGCGGCUCUCGUCACGACCGAGAAGACAGCCUGGGCCACGAUCACGCCGCCGUGCCAAGUGCAAUUUUACUCGCUCUCGUUCUCGACGGCCGAGAUCAGUACGUGGUCUUUCAAGGAGUACGCUCAGCGCUUCUACGAUCGCUCGAUCCCGACCAGCACGGCUGCGCCCGGUGACAACGGCGGCGGCAAUGUGACGCCGUCGCCAUCCCGCACGACGGCCAAGCCCGGUAGCAUGCCAGCCGCGUCUGCACCAAACUUCUCUAUGCCGCUGGUGUUGAGUCUUGUCCUCGCUCGUCUCUUGUAG